CUUGCCACCCUAUUGGACAGAGAGAUGGUCCUCAUCAUAAGCUGGGCGCGCAAGUUGCCCGCAUUCUCCAAGUUCAGCCUCGCCGACCAGAUGGCACUGCUGCACGCUACCUGGCUCGAGUUGUUGAACAUCCGCAUCGCCUACCGAUCGGCUCUCCAC